AAUCAACACUGGUUUAUCUCUAAUCUCAUCCAUAUCACAGAGUAACAGAUAAGUGCUUGCAAAUCUGAACGUGGACUUGUGACACGUUUAAAAAUUAAUUUCUCUCCCGUGUUUUAACCUCGACCCGUCACUGAUUCUCGGACGGCCAGUGAAGAUGAUCGACUUCGGGAAGAUCCUUGAGUCUGUUGGAGAGUUUGGGGCGUUUCAGAAGCGUUUGCUGGUGGCGGUAUGUCUCCCCAACAUCUUCACAGCUUUCCACAUGUUUAGUCAGAUGUUCGCCGCUAUUACUUUCCCACACCACUGCAACACCAGCUGGAUCUUACAGAGGGGUCCGAACCUGACCCAUGAGAAACAGUUAAACCUCACCGUCCCUCUGGACAGAAAUGGAGAAUAUGAGAGCUGUCAGAUGUUCACACCUGUCAAUCUUGAUCUGGAUGUUAUUGAAGCUUACGGGAUAAACACAACAACCUCGUGUACUGACGGAUGGGCUCAUAAAGCACCAGAGGGGAGCAAAACUCUUAUUACUGAGUUUGACCUAGUGUGUGAAAAUAGGAUUUUUAAUGAGGCAUCUCAGUCCAUCUACAUGGCUGGUCUUCUUAUUGGCGCUCUACUGUUUGGGCCAAUGGCAGACAAGUAUGGCAGGCGAUUUGUUACUCUGCUGUCCUUGUUACUGCAGUUUGUAUUUGGGGUGGGAGUAGCAUUUUCCCCCAACAUCUAUGUUUACAUAGCUCUCCGCUUUGUGGUGGGCACCACCAUAUCAGGGAUCUCAAUCAACACUUUUGUUCUGGGAUCCGAGUGGUGUGGUUCAUCUAAGCGGGCACUUUUUACCAUAUUCUCCCACUGCUUUGUUGCUAUUGGUCAGAUGUUGCUGUCCGGUGUGGCCUACGGGAUCCGCAAUUGGAGGAUUUUACAGCUUGUUCUCUCUGCGCCAGUUGGACUUUUAGUUGUUUAUUACUGGAUACUUCCAGAAUCAGCUCGAUGGCUUCUGACCCAGGGAAAACAGGAGAGGGCCAAGAAGGAGAUCCUGAAUGCUGCCAGAAUCAAUGGCAGGACAGUACCAGAAAAUCUGCUCAACAAGAUGGAGGCAGAAAACACAAGCAAAACAGGCACCAUGUUGGAUUUAUUCCGUGUGGGUUACCUGAGAAAGAGAGCUCUCAUCAUGUGCUACAUGUGGUUUGUGACAAGCCUGGUUUACUAUGGAGUCAGUUUGAACGUGGGGAACUUUGGCCUGGACAUUUACCUGACUCAGCUCAUCUUUGGCAUUGCAGAGUUUCCUGCACGUCUAAGCUGUUACCCUCUCAUUGAGCGUUUUGGACGGAGGAUUUGCCAGGGUGGCGUGCUGGUCCUCGGAGGCAUAGCCUGCCUUGUUAUUCCUGCUAUACCAGCAAAGUACCCUAUAGCUGUUACUGUGAUGGCAGUGGUUGGGAAGUUCUCCCUCGCUGCAGCCUUCUCUAUAGUUUAUGUGUACACUGCUGAACUCUACCCAACUGUGGUCAGGCAAAAUGGGGUGGGACUAAACUCCAUGUGUGCACGUGUUGCUGGGAUUCUCGCUCCUCUGAUCGGCUUGUUAGAUGUGUAUCAUCCAUCUAUUCCAAUGGUCAUAUUCGGUUCUCUUCCUUUUUUGGGUGGAGCUCUGACCUAUCUGCUUCCAGAGACACGUAACACUGAACUUCAGGACCACACGGAAGUUCACACGGAUAAGAUCAUGGAAUUAAAGAAGGAAGUUAUUGAAAGUGGACUAAAUCUGGAGCAAGAGACAAAAUUAUGAGAUUUAUUCUUUGUAUUUAAAAUGUUAAGCCUUUUUCAUAGUUUUAUCAAUGAUGUGUAUUUUUAUUGAUAAACUGGUGAAGAUAAACAGCAGUAUGACUGUUUACCUUUAAUGUUUCAGGAAACAUGUUUGUAAUAUUUUAUAGAUUAAAAUA